CUUGAAACAUGUUCUCUCUCCUACAGACACCAAACUUCACCGGGCUGACAUCGCGAGCGAGCUACGAUGCAGCGGCGACGGACCAUGCCUCGCCCUGCCGCAGCCCUGGUAACGUCAACAUGUCCCCGCGCAUCGUGGACGACUUAAUUCCCGUCAUCCUCGAGAGCGACGACCAUUGGUGGCCAAGGGAUCUUUCUCGCCUUGCUCUCGUUUCGCCAGCUUGGGUUGGGCCUAUUAGGCGACGCCUGUACGCGUGUCCUAAGCUGGACUCGUUCCACGCCUGCACGCUGUUCGCCAGGACAGUAUCCGCAAAUCUUCACUUGCUGCCCCUCAUACACGGCAUAGACCUCCGCCCAACCCUCACACGGAGCGUAGUACUGACCGAGACGGACAUGACGAGCGUGAGGUUCGUCCUGAAUCUCAAAGGUUUGCAGACUGUGACGUUGGGUGGAGAGCUCGCGGUCCGUGCAGAGAGGUUCAUCCAGAUGAUCGGUCACACUCAUUCAAUAACCUCCCUCCACAUCGAUGGUAGCUACAUGUCUCAAGACAAUGGAGACAUGGCUUGCCGAUGUGCUGCCUCUCUCGACUGGGACGACUCCAUCGCUUUCCGCUUCACACGGUCGUUAAGGACACUGCGCCUCACACAUCUCCAUCUUGACAUCACCCCUUCCGACAUGCCUUCACCUCUACGCGUACGGAAGCUCGUCUUGGAAGACGUAUCCAUGGAGUCCGGGUCAAUUGAGGAUUUGUUCUUCGGCUCGUGGGCAUCCCUGCGACAUCUUAGCAUCUCAUCAUCGAGUCCGCAAAGCGUACAGGACCUGGCGCUCCCACUGCUGGAAUGCUGCGAGCAAUUGGAGUCGUUGAACUACGAAGCUUGCGGGGCCGCCGCGAACGGCGGGCUGUUCGAGCGCGACCUACCCGCUUUAUCCACCAUUCGCGAUCUGCGUCUCUUUGACGUUGACCUUAACCUUCAGACUCUGUCCUUCAUUGCCGGGGCGUGUCGCGCCCUGAUACAACUCUCGGUGCUUGGUCGGGCACCGCAGCUCCACGGGCAGGACUGGAUAGAGCUCCUCCAUUCGGGAGUUUUACCAUCUUUGCGUGUCCUCCAGACUUCUUCAGGCCACAACCAACCUCCUUCGGGAUUCCGCAAGUGGUCAGAAGAAACGUGUUGCCAGCUGAAGUCUGCUUGUGCUGCACGGAACAUCAGUCUCUUAUACCUGUAAUGCUAAGAUGCAUAUCAUUCGUUUUUUCAUCCCAUCCUUGGUCUUGUGCACAUUGAUACCUUCCGCACUCAAAUGAUAUCCUUAUACUACACAUCAUCUCUCUUCGCCUUAUAAUAUGUCUAUGCGUCUCACGAUUUUGUUUCUCAAGCUCUGUUUUCGCCAUGCAUCACAUAUAGCUCAAAGUCUCCUGUCU